GUCCCACCGAUGAGGAGGAGGUGAGGCCGAAGCUCCUGCCAGUGCCGUUYUCUGGGACACUCUCCUUCACCCUUGCCAUCCCCAGGGGUGGCGCGGAGCCGUCCCCAUGCCCAAGAACAGCAAGGUGACGCAGCGGGAGCACAGCAGCGAGCAUGUCACCGAGUCGGUGGCCGACCUGCUGGCCCACGAGGAGCCCGUGGACUACAAGCGCAGCGUCCUCAACGUGACAGCCGAGAGCUGGGACAAGCAGAAGGACGCGGAGGACGAGGCGGAGGCGGAAAACCGGCCGGCGUGGAACAGCAAGCUGCAGUACAUCCUGGCGCAGAUCGGCUACUCCGUGGGGCUGGGCAACGUGUGGCGCUUCCCCUACCUGUGCCAGAAGAACGGAGGAGGUGCCUACCUGGUUCCCUACCUGGUGCUGCUCAUCAUCAUCGGGCUGCCCCUCUUCUUCCUGGAGUUGGCYGUGGGGCAGCGAAUCCGCCGGGGCAGCAUUGGUGUCUGGAAUUACAUCUGUCCUCGCCUGGGGGGCAUCGGAUACGCCAGUUGUCUGGUGUGUUUUUUCGUGGGACUCUACUACAACGUCAUCAUUGGCUGGAGCAUCUUCUACUUCUUUAAGUCCUUCCAGUACCCGCUUCCCUGGAGCGAGUGCCCCAUCGUGAAGAACGGCACGCUGGCCGUUGUGGAGACCGAAUGCGAGAGGAGCUCGGCCACCACCUAUUUCUGGUACCGGGAGACCUUGGAUAUCUCUAACUCCAUCUCGGAGAGUGGUGGCCUCAACUGGAAGAUGACCCUGUGCCUGCUGGUGGCCUGGAGCCUUGUUGGUUUGGCUAUGAUCAAAGGCAUCCAGUCCUCGGGAAAGGUCAUGUACUUCAGCUCGCUCUUCCCCUACGUGGUGCUUGUUUGCUUCCUGGUUCGGGGCCUUCUGCUGCGAGGGGCGGUGGAUGGGAUCAUGCACAUGUUCACACCCAAGAUGGACAAAAUGCUCGACCCCCAGGUGUGGCGGGAGGCCGCCACGCAGGUGUUCUUCGCCUUGGGCCUUGGUUUUGGAGGUGUCAUCGCCUUUUCCAGUUACAACAAGCAAGAUAACAACUGCCACUUUGACGCAACGCUGGUGUCCUUCAUCAACUUCUUCACGUCUGUUCUGGCCACUCUGGUUGUUUUUGCCGUGCUGGGCUUCAAGGCCAACAUCAUGAAUGAGAAAUGCGUGGUGGAGAAYGCUGAGAAGAUCUUGGGGUACCUGAACACCAACGUGCUGAGCCAUGACCUCAUCCCACCCCAUGUGAACUUCUCCCACCUCACGGCCAAGGAUUACAAUGAGAUGUACAGGGUGAUCAUGACUGUGAAGGAGGGGCACUUCAAAGAGCUGGGCCUGGACCCCUGCCUGUUGGAGGAUGAGCUCAAUAAGUCGGUGCAAGGAACUGGAUUGGCCUUCAUCGCCUUCACAGAAGCCAUGACUCAUUUCCCAGCUUCGCCGUUCUGGUCCGUCAUGUUCUUCCUGAUGCUGAUAAACCUGGGGCUGGGGAGCAUGAUUGGCACCAUGUCAGGCAUCACCACCCCCAUCAUAGACACCUUCAAGGUGCGAAAAGAAGUGUUCACAGUUGGCUGCUGUAUCUUCGCCUUCUUGGUGGGCCUGAUCUUUGUGCAGCGCUCUGGGAAUUACUUUGUCACCAUGUUCGAYGAUUACUCGGCCACCCUGCCACUCACGGUUGUGGUGAUCCUGGAGAACAUUGCUGUAGCGUGGAUUUAUGGCACCAAGAAAUUCAUGCAGGAGCUGACGGAAAUGCUGGGUUUCCGUCCCUACCAGUUCUACUACUACACCUGGAAGUAUGUGUCACCCAUCUGCAUGGCAGUGCUCAUGACAGCCAGCAUCAUCCAGCUGGGGGUCAGUCCGCCCGGGUACAGCGCGUGGAUCAGAGAAGAGGCUGCAGAGAAGUUCCUUUUCUACCCAACCUGGGCCAUGGCUAUUCUCAUCUCUCUGAUCAUCCUGGCAUCCCUACCUCUUCCCCUGGUCUUCAUCCUCCGCCAGUUCCACCUCGUGUCAGAUGGCUCCAACGCCCUCUCCGUCACCUACAAGAAGGGCCGGAUGAUGAAGGACAUCUCAAACUUGGAAGACAAUGACGAGACCCGCUUCAUCCUGAGCAAAGUGCCCAGUGAGACUCCAUCCCCCAUGCCCACACACCGUUCCUACCUGGGGCCCGGCAGCAACUCCCCCAUGGAAAUGAGCAAUGCCCCCAACGGACGCUAUGGGAGCGGGUAUUUACUGGCCAGCACCCCCGAAUCCGAACUGUGACGACUGCCUGCCCGCCACCCCCACUGGGAGAGAAGCUUACUGGGGAGUGGAUCCUAGCUGGCCAGACAACAGGAAAAUUAAUUAAUAAAGAAAAUGACAAAGAAGAACCCCCUCUUAGAACCGUCAUCCAAAGCGGCCAUUUCCCAGACGACGCGGGGAAGAAGGGAUUGCAGGAGGGGCAGGACUCUCCUCCCACAUCCUCUGGCUGAAGGGCAGGACCCCUCGGGGCUCCUCUGCGGGGAGAGGAGGAAGAGGAGCAGGAGAUGCUGCGAUAUCUUCCCGAGGGUUGUUCUCGUGCAGCUUAGAGCUGCAGCAAAGAAUCUCGCUUUCUGAGUAGCUGAUGUUUGGAAGAAGGACCCAGAGCAAGGGGGAAAGCCACCCGUGCUUCCUCCUGUAACCCAGAGCUCUUCCCUCUCCGUUGCCCUUUAGCUGGGAGAAGUCAUGGCCUUACUCCGACGAGCACAAGUAACCAUUGAUGUUCAUAGCACAAAAGGGUGCUCUUGUUGUCACCGUUGUUGUUGUUGCUGUUGUAUUUCCUGUAGGUUUUUUCUUUUUUUAUAGCUGUGGACACACCCUAAUAACCCCACAUUUUGGCCAGGGUUGGCAGGGAGCGGUGCUGGGUUGGUUGAGUUGUAGCCAUGGGCGAGGUUGCUGGUGGUGGCUCCUGGGUGUCUGCUGUGUUACCACCAGCAUAAAGACAGCAUCCGAGAGUUGUUUGAAGACUUGGGGAUGGCCCCUCUGUGUGAAGACAUGGCUGGCACCCUCCUUGGCUGGUGGCAGAGGGACCUCAGAAGUGACUGUGAUUUUUCUGGAUGUGUUUGCAGGAUCUAGACAGGACUACUUUGGCAUGGAUCAGGAGCAACCUCCUGGAKUUAUUCCUGACACAUGGGAUGUCCAGUUGAAUCCAAACCCCUGGCAUGGUGAAUUGUCUCCUCUUGCUGCUCUUAGAUGUCCCAGGUGGACAAGUAGAGAGGCUGUGGGACAUACAGUCCCGUCACAGUCCUAGUUUAGCUCUCAGGGAACCAUCCCCUGACUUAUUUACCUCCUUUGCAGCCACCAGUCGAGGUGCGCUGGGCAGCAGUCAUCCCUAGACAGUCAUCUUCAUCUCUCGUAGCUUCAAGCCAGGGCUGYGUUGGCUCCUGUUGCACCUCUGUUAGAGAUUCUCCAGUGGUCUGSAGCAGUGGUAGGACGUAUCUUCUGAGUGACUCUGGGGCCGGUGCCAGCUCCUAAUGUCCUCGCUAGUGCUUGUUCCUGGCUGGUGAGGAGCUGGUGGUGAGUAGCUGGGCUCCGUCGUGCCCAUUCGCAUUAUCUGGAGGAAGAGUUGCCCUCUCUCCUUCUAGGCACAUCACUAAGGUCUCCAACGCCGAGGGUGCUCCUUACCUCGGUCCUUGGAGCACUCAUGAUGAUAUUUUACCCAGCUUGAAGGCCACGUUCACAGGUGCUUGGCCACAAUCUUUUCUCCCCUCCUCCUACCCCUGGAUUUUCUCCCACUUUGAUGCUCCUUUUGGUUGGGAGGCGAAGAAGCCUCCCAGCCAAGAAUGGACCUGGUCUGCUCGCCACAUCCUUGACUUCUCUUGGCAUCCCAGAGGCAGGAGGUCCUUCACAAAGAGUUUUUUUGUGGUCCUUUAUUUAUACCCUUAUACUUCUUCUCUCCUUGCCCCAUCCCUACAGAGGGAUAUGAUUAUCCCCCUGGUUCAUCUCAAAUGGGAGAAGCACAAGCGCUUUCCUCUGCCUCUUUCCUCCUGUUUCUCCAUCCUGCUGCCUCCUCUUCUUCUCCUGGCCAGUGAAGCAGAGGAUGAACCAAACCCGUGUGCCCACGUCCCUAAGUCAGACCAGCACCUCAGGCCCGGGCACCACGUUCCCACCAUGGCUCCCAUGGAGUUGAGAGAGGAGGACACCUCCGGUAGCCAGAUCCCGCUGUCCUGCCCGCUCCGGAGGUGCGAGUCUCCUGGAAGCCUGGGGGAAAGGACGUGGCUCUCCGGGGACAAUUGGGGACAAUUCCCAAACCAGCCAGGGGGGCGCGUGUUUUCCUUCCCUCUUCUCGCAGGGCCAAGUUGGUAAGAAGGCAACAAAAAGCUAUAUUAUAUAAUAAGAAAUAUAUAUAUACACAAAGAGAGGAGAUGGGACGAUAUCCUAGAGAUUCCCUAUUUCUGAUGUAUAUUUAUCCUGUAAAUGUUGCUGUAAAUGAUGUUAAAUGGCACAGCCCCCAGCACCGUGGCUUUCCGGUUGUUGCCGUGCUGUACAGCUCAAUCUGCACCCCUCAGACCAUGACUUUUCCUUCCCGUUUCUUGGGUACAGGGGGUGACUGUGUUCCCCUCGCCGGCUCCCGAGGGUCCUGGCACCCAGCAGAGAGAAGGGGUGAGGGCACCUCAGUUUUUCCCCUCUUAAUCAUGGAAAUCCUGUAUUUCUCCGUGGCAUUCGCUCAGUGUUAAGCACAGGGGCUGCAGGGGGGUAAGUUUUUAGCGGGUAGUGUGUUGUCAACGUGUGAGCGUGUUCAUCUGUAAGCCGUGUGUGC